AAAAAGAAAAUCAUGUGACCAAGAUACUACAACAAUUAAAAGACAAAGGAUAUACUCGACCUAAGCAGAUAAAAAUUAUUGAAGCUUAUCUGUACUUAGGAAUUCUUAUCCAGAAACAGACCAACGAACGACCCCAAAUUCAUGAGCUUCUUCAAACUUCUCAAUGCUCUCGAAAGACUCAAAAUAUUUGA